GUUCAGGCAUCAUUCGCUCUUCAGUGCUCUGCCGAAGUACGAAGUAACAAUCUCAAUCAGCAUGUACAAGAUCGUCGCUCUCUUCGCCCUGGUGGCCUGCGUCGCGGGUGCACCCGGAUACUUGUCGCCCGCCCUCCACGCGGCGCCGGUAGUCGCGGCUCCGGUAGCGGUCGCCCAUACCCUCCCGGUCGCCACCAGCUACGCCAACACCUACAAGGUGUCUGUGAAGAGUCCGCUUGUGGCCACUGCUCCGCUCGCCUACACCGCGCCGAUCUUGAAGACUGCUCCAGUAGUCGCCGCGCCGGUCGUCGCUGCCGCCCCCGCCGUCGCCGUCGCCCACGCCGCACCGCUCGCCUACGCCGCCCACCACCCCGUCGUCGCCCUUCAUUAAGGGAGAAUCGCCACUAUACGAUUAACCAUCUUUCGCCCAUCUCUCAAGACCCACAAUCCACAAGCCGACAAUGAAGACGUCCUUCAUCAUCCAAUUGGACGCGUGACGAUUCAUCGAAACGACCGACCGAAUCGACCAGAUUAUCGAUCAACCAGGCACUUUGUCUAAACUUGUAUCAGCCUGUCCUGACACGGUCGAACGACCGAUCGCUACGAUUAAUCAAUAAAGUUGCCAUUUCUGCCUUUAAAUGAA